AUGUCUCUGAAAGAAGAUAAUGAAGGGAAAAAGAGGUACGGAGUAUGAACAAACAAUCAGACACUUCCAACAAUACCUUGUGAGCCACUUGGGAAAUCAAUUCAUGUAAAUGUAAUGCAACAGUGUCUGAUUUAACACCUUUUUGACUUUCUUCCUCAGCCCUCAUCGUACUGACUUGUACACCAACACCCCUCGAACAUGUCUGCCCAUUGUGUACCACCCAGACUACAACAUCACGUUCAUGGGCCUUGAAAAGCUCCAUCCAUUUGAUGCAGGGAAGUGGGGGAAAGUCAUUCACUUCUUGAAAGGUAAAGGAAUGAGAAACAGAGUGGUAGAUUGAGAGGACACUUCCCCGAGCUGAUGUAUAUGGAAUCUUUCAGAGUGGAUCAGAGAGGCGAAGAGAGGAAGAGAACAGAGAUGAGAGAGAGGAGAGGAGAGAGACAGACCCUGGAGAGAGAAAAUGCCGAGCAACAGAGCAGAGAUAAUUAGAGAGAAGUCCCUGUGGGAGUCUUUUCAGGUACUGUAGAUGAGGCCCAGCACAGGUUACUGUAGGCCAAGGGAGAACAGUGACUUGCUAACUGGCACAACAUCACAUGAAGUUGUUGUCAAAUUGUGUCGCUGAUCAUCUUUGCCAUUAAAAGUUCUGCGCACAGCUUAAUGAAUUCAAAAACUUUAAGAAGUUCAGAGUGCAAAUGGAGAACCGAGCUCCUGCUGACAGAGGAAAAACCCUUUGAUUUACUUUUAUUUACGCUUGCACAAAAAUCGGAGUUAAACUGGAUGAUGUUGCAAAUUAAGCCGGUUUAUUUGGAGCAUAUUCUGAAAGGAACUUAUAUGAUAGACGCUAAUGAGUCAUCUGUGUUGCAGUCUGAGUUUGGGCAGUUUUUCAAAUCAUCAGUCUGAAUAAUUGACUUCAGAUUGCUGCAUUUUCCUUUUCUAUGAAGCCACAAUUCAAACCCAUUUUAUCACAUCAUAUCAUUUUAAAACUAUAUUUUUAUGCUACAAGACAGUCUAACUGCACCCUGAAAGAUUCAAGACUUAGCAGGAUUCAAAGUCUGAAUAUGUACUGCAGGUUACUUUCAUAAGCCGUCAGCUGUGAUGGUGUCAAGAAGGCUUUGUAUGACCUGGAAAAAUUCAAUGAAGAUUGCUCAGUCAUUAACUAAGUAGCAAUCUUCACACAAGUGCUUUAAAAAACAUAGAUUUGAAAAACUGUAAUAUCCAUCGUAUUGUUUCAAAUAAUUUGAUAUUUUUGAAUCAACAAAAAUGCUAAAUUUAGGUCUAUUAUUUGUUGUUUUGGCUGUGCGUUUUGAAAUGUAAAGGUACUUUUGACUCUCAGAAAACAGUUCUUUUUUUAUGUGGAAUCAUAGAUUGUAUAGACUAUGGACAACUUGGUUCCUGUAUACGAAUUUGAAACUAAAAAGCUCUUGGUAUUUCUGGGAUUUUUCUUCAUUUCCUGAAACCAGAGCUGCGCAGUAGCGAUGCGAGCAUUCGGACGUGCAGUCGCCGAGAGUUGCUGUGAUGACGCUCGGCUCAAACAGCGUAUCCCCCGGGAGAGCUACGCAAUCCCUGAACGCCCAUAGGAUGUAUCAGGUGUCAAUCAUAGAAAAGAUGAACCCCCUAAUAACUUUUAAAAACGGAGCUGUGCAGGAAAAAGAGGACUUGAGCACAAAACAGUCUAACACUAACUACAUGUCAACAUCACAAGCAGGGGGGAGAGGAAUUUAUGUUCUGUGUAAUAAAUUUCUAAAGUUUGUCCACAGCCCCAUAAGCUUUGCUGGCGGAGGCUGGAUUUAUGACCUAUACUGCAGCCCGCCAACAGAGGGUGCUGUUCUCAGAGUGGCUUCACCCAGCAAGGAGGCAGACUCUGUCCAUUCUUUAUAUAGUCUAUGUAUGGAAUACAAUACCAAAACCAAAUUUAAGGUUUGUUUAGGUUGACUGAAUUUCCCUACAGGACACAAAACAGUUUAUUUGGUUCUGCUUUUUAGUCUGACUGAUUGAAAGGCCAUCUUUUUAUAUCAUCAUCAUCAUCAUCAUCAUCACCAACCAUCAUCAUCAUCAUUAUUAUUAUUAUUAUUAUUAUUAUUAUUGUUGUUGUUGUUGUUGUUGUUGUUGUUAUCAUCAUCAUCGUCAUUAUUAUUAUUAUUAUUAUUAUAUUAUUGUUAUUAUUAUUAACAUUUUAAGUAUUUGUUCGUUGAAAUAUGACAGCUUGUGAAUUUUUCAGCUUCGGCCAUUAACCAGCUAAAAAAAGAAAUCAUUGCAUCAGUGCCCUCUACUGGACAAAAACGACUGACUGGAGUCAUUAACAUGACAUAUGACCCCAGUACAACUUAUCUUAUCAGUUAUCUUUCUGAUCUAUUCAUACAAACCCCAGUAUCACAGACAGUAGCUUAAGAAUAAGAAGAACUUUAUUAAUCCCUGAAGGGAAAUUCAAUUCAAUUAACUUGGUUUGAAUGUGACUGACCUUGGUUUUGUGCUGGUAAAGUUCAUGUCAACUGCUCUAAUUUAGUUGUACAGACAUGCGUGCAGAUCAGUUUGAUCACCAAUAAGUACAUUUGUAUGUUCAAGUUCAUUCUACAUCAUUUGUGUCACCCAUAAUUACAACAUCAUGCUUCUAGUCUCAAGCCCGCUGGAAUGAUCAUGAUCCUAAUCACAGCUUGUGUUCCUCUCAGAGGAGGAGUUCAUCACCGAUGAAAACCUUAUUGAAGCUCGUGAAGCUACUGAAGAGGAUCUGCUGGUGGUUCACACCAAACGCUACCUCAACAGAUUAAAGGUAUCGUUGUUUUCUCCUCCUGCUGCCAACCUUCAGUCCAUCACUCAUCAUGAUGACAGCAUGUUUUUUUCUCCUCCUUUGUUUUUCUUCUACAUCUCCUCUCGAUGCUUAGCAUGUGCUGCGCGGUGGUUCAGGAAUGAAGCUGAUUUAUAGUUAAGUUGACAAAGAUGAUAACAGGUAGAAAAGUGCUGUAGCUGAACGUGAGCAGAAUCUUCUUCGGGCUUUUUAUCUUGUGUAAAUUUGAAACACAUGUUGGACGGGAGACUUGUGUUAUCACCUAGAGAAGACAAUGAUGGUGUGCCUUGUGAGGGUUGAUGCUGUGCUAAUUAUGUCUAAAUGCCAUUAAUUGAACUUAUAACUGAAUGGAUUGAUCAAUCUGACUCUAAGAAUCUCCAACCCUCUCCAUUUAAGAAAAAAAAGUCACGUACACACAUCAUCAUUUUCAAAUAAAAUCCCAUCCACACAACACCACAACAAUGUGCUGUUGACCACGGUUAUAAGCAUGCCAGACCUGGAGUUGGUAGUAUUUGCCAAAAAGUUAGAUUCAUUCUAUCCAAUCAGAAUAAGCGUCCCUUUCUCGUUGUCACUUCUCCAAACAUGAAACAAAGCCCUGUGUGGUUUGUUCGUGUGGACCGACAAAGAGGUGGAGUUGAUUUUAAGCAUCUUUUCUUGCUUUUAAGACACAAAAAAGGUGGAGUAAGGAUUAUUUGGUGGAGAGUAACUGACUGCAAAGUACUCCUUCUUAUUUGCUCCUCAUAAAAAUAUACAUUCUGUGUAUACUUGUGUCGUCCACUGCCUGACAGUUACAAGGGCGCAAAGUAUAUGACAUUUAUCUAUUUGUUGUCACAGUUUGAGAGUUUAAAACUCUGGUUAUCUACGUCCACACGCAAAGCCAGAGUUUUCCAAAAUCUUCACUUUGUCCAAAGUUUUCUAAAAGCACCGUUUUUAAUGACGUAUUCAUGUGGCUUUGUGUAAAUGACAGGCCGAACCGAACAAAAGUAUAUUCGUUUUAGCAGAUACCCGGCUACAUAUGUACAUGGCCUCUGAAUUUAAGGACGCACAAAGUAUGUGUGUACUCGGUCGAGUUCUGUAUUGUUUUUUAUGUGAAAGACAAUGCAAUAAUGUUCACAUAUGAUGCUAACAUUAAGGGAAUUCAACCCAAACUGGUAAAUACACUGUGAGUGGGUGUUUUCCUUCCCUCUGAUAAUGUAGAGAGUGAAACUACAGAGCAGAAUUCUCAUUGACAUGUAUUUGGGGAAUUAAUGCUCGUCCAAUCAAUCGUGUCAAGCAAACCCUGACGAAAGCACCGCUGAGUCCUCGGAGUCGAUAAGUCUAUUUUCAUUUGUUAAUUAAUGGGCCCAAAGAGUUUAUAAGGAUCUACAUUUGUUUUUUCCCUGCCCAAGAGAAACUGGUGGACCCCAGCUCAAUCUGUUGUGGACUUGGUACCCUGAUCCGGAGACACCAUGGUGUCUGUUUCAGAGAGCACUAAACUGAUAACAGCCAUUCCAUCAUGUUCAGAGACUUAGUCGUGUGUUUACUCUCUUUUUCCUCAACUGCAGACAGAUCCAUUUCUCUGAGGGCUCAGCAGAAGUAUCACAGUAUCACAUUGUGACUUUGCAUGAUUUGUGCAGUCAUGUUUGGUAGAAGAAAAGGGGCUCAAGCCUCAACUCAGUGUAGCCUAUCAUCUUUCUUUUGCCCCUUCUUUUUCUGCACUUCAGUAUCAACACUUGUUUCAGUCUCUGCAGAUUUGAAUCACUCCAGGUCCAUUUAUGUUUUUGUUUGCCUGAUACAUCAGUGAGAAAACCUCCACACUCUGACUCUAGUGUCUCUUUUUUUUACCUUUCCUGAUUCUUCAGUGGUCACUGGUGGUGGCAACAAUCACAGAAAUCCCACCCCUCAUGUUUCUGCCUAAUUUCCUGGUGCAGCGCAGAGUGUUGAGGCCUUUACGGACUCAGACUGGAGGAACGAUAAUGGUAGGACUCUCUGAACCUCAUUUCCUUUUAUGUGUUUUUUCCUCUUGCAGAUGUUAUUAACAUAUUCUACCCAUCUGCUUCUAUCUGCCAUCAUUUGUCAGCGGAAGAAACAGAGAUAAUAAUCGGCAGUGUAGCGCUAUCAAAUAAUGGAGCAAUCCACUAUUGUCUCUGUUACCUUUAUCAAAUAAUAUGAGCUCUGCAGGUGCAUCUCAGAUCACACAUGCAGCCCCCCUCAGCACCCACCAUCAGAAAUGAAUCAUUUAUCACAGACUAGUACAGAACCUUGAAGCCUUUCUUUCCAAGAAGCUUUAUUUUCUGAAUAUUUCAAUAUCUGCUUGUGGAUUUUAACUUCUUGUUACAAUUUCAUCUCCUUUGAUAAACCUUUAUUUAAAAAAAUGUGACUGUGAAAUUCUCAUUUUAUCUGGUUUUAAAACAUUUUGGUGUCUGAUGGCUUUGCAGAUAUUCGCUGGAGGGUCUUAAGAAUACACUGCAUAUGCUGCUUUAUCUCUCAUGAAAACACCUUCAAUGCAGCCACUAAUCGAUCAUUUUUGCCUAUAUGCAGCAGUGACAUCUAUUUAUACCGUGGAAUAAGAGAGUUCACCUUGAGAAAUGUAACAUUUCCCUCAAGCUUGUUAGCAGAUGAGGAGGCGUUAUAAAAUCAAGGUCUGUUUCUUUGGUAAAUGUUAUCACGCAGGGGGAAAAGGAGAAGUAAGAAGUUUAGUGCAGCUUCAAAUGUCUCUUUAUUGGUGUAAAAGCGAGCCUGAGGGGAACAAGUGAAGUCAGCACUUGUGAUUAAAGGUCCACUAUGUUGAAGGAAAAGCAGAAAUGGUCUCUGUCAAUAUUUGUGGUUGAAACAGGGGCUGCUUUUACAACAGCACACCAGAGAUUAAAACAAAACAGCCCUUAAUCGGAGCAGAAAGCACACCCAUCACACUUGAAUAAUGUCCUCACAUCUCAGUUCAAUGAAACUCAAACUGUAGUAGUUUUUCUCCUUGAUUUUCUUAAAUGUUUGUUGAGAAGUAUUUUGUGAGAUUCCGCCCCUUCAAAAUCUCUUGAUUGAAUUUAUUCUCUGUGAAGUUUUAGAUGAGCAAGAGGGCUUCAGAUCUACUUUUUACACAGUUGUAGAGAAGAAAAGGAACCAGCAGUUCGAUUAUAUCAUAGCAAAUGACAACAAAAGCCACAUGGUAUUGUCAGGGGUGCUGCCAAAGAUUUUAGGCACCAUGAAAAGAAAUCUUACUGGGCUCCCCACAGCCGGUCGUAAGGAAAAUGUUUGUACUAUUUUCUUUUUAAUUACAUUGUAAUGAUAUUUUCGACGAUCACUCCCAUAUCUGUGAAUAGAACACCAUGACAGUUACUUGGUGGGGGAAAGCAUUGAAAAUACACUUAGAUUCAAUUAUUUGCUGCAAGACUGAUACUUUAUAUUUAAAAAAACUGUCCCUGCCUUCAAAUACUUUCACAUAAAAUCUUCUGGUGAAUAAUUAUUUAUUAUUAUCAAUAAUUAUUAAUUUUAAUAAAUAAAAUGAGUGAUACGUUCAGUGAGUAAUGCGUUCACCGAACUGUCAGACCACAGUGUACUUGGGGAAGGAUACACAAUGAACAUCCCUCACAAAUUGUCGCAAUGAUAGGAUCUGACAGUCACAUAUUUUCUCAAACUGUGGGUUGUAAACACUAGGCUACUUGUUACAUGCUGUGUCUGACUAUACAUGACUCAUUGCUGUAGCAAUUUAGCAGAGUUUUUAAAAAAGUUAGUUUUCUCUGAGAUACAUUUGAACACAGCACGCCUAUCUCCCUCUGUUGCUCCUGCUAUGUGCCUGGUGAGUCUCACUUUCUUCUCAUUACUGCUAAGUUUGUUUAUCUGGGAAAUAAAUCUGUAAAACAACAAGGAGCAACGGUUGCUAUGAAAGUGUAUCCCUCAGAGGAAAAUAAUGCCCUCUCUCCCUCCACUCGCUGUCUGUGGAAAAAUAGUGCUUAGCGUCUGUGAAAACAGAGCAGGUAGACUGAACCAUUUUUCAUAAAUGGAGGGGGACAGACUUGAGAAAUGUUUUGCAAAACACAUAAACUUAGUGUAACCAAUACAUUGUAUUAAAAUAUAUGUGCAACUGUAAGUUUAUGACUGUGUGUGAUAAUUUUUGUCAGUAUAAUAAUUGUCUAAGGGGCCUCUCUGGGCCCCUGUCAAUCAUGGGCCCCUAGAAUCCCUCUCCUUUUACCCCCUUUUUGGCGCCCCUGGAUAUCUUUUUCCACAGGAUCCAUUUGAUCCAAAUACUCAUGAUAUCACAGCUAGCAUAAUCCAAAGAGGUCCUCCUCCCCUGAGUCUGAUGGUUUGAUGGAGUUGUAGAGAUGCACUUAGAGGGCUGCAGUGAAAUAAGCCCGGCACCCUCGCUGCCUACUAUAAGUGCUUGUUUUCCAGACACAGAAAGAGGUGUUAGAGUCACUGCCUGAGUGUGUGCACACAUGCUAAUGUGUUAUUACUCAUCCAUCAGAGAGCCAUAUUGGCAUUUACACACAAUCUCCCCAUCUCAUGUCUUCUCACCGUAGGAUGAGAACAUGUGUCGCUCCGGAGAUGCGGCAGAGUAACGCUUCCUUUUUCCACCCGGAGAAAAAUCUCCACCUGCUUUAGUGAGAGGCAGCUACUGCUGUGGAUGCAACACACUGUACCUCUUACUGUGUUAAAAAAGGACAGCAUGGGAGUGCUUCCUUUAACGUAGCCUGUAUGUCUGUAAUAUUAGGAUUUAUGUUAGUAGAUUUUAGCCAUAAAUCCUAUUGAGUGUGUUAAAGCUCUGUGUCUAUACUCCAUAGACAGUCUUUGAUUCGUGAUGCAUUGUAGAUAAGCCCUCAAAGGAUGAGACGGCAGAGCGACCUGCCUCAAAUAACACCUCCCUCAUGCGUAGCCAUGCACACCAAGAUUGAGUUGAUCAACAUGUGAAGCAAACCCUGCAUGUCUCUAUGCUCUCAGUAACAAUGCUCUCAGGAGGAAGUUUAGCAUAUAUUCAAGUUGUUAAAAUCCUCAGGGUAGAGUAAAAAUGUCUAUUAACACACACAGUCACAAUGUCGGUGAGUUUGCUCCAGCUGCAUUUAAAGUAGGGCUGAACGAUUUUGGCCAAAAAUAAAGUCCAGAUUAUUUUCUCUGAAAACUUGAUUUUCGAUUUUUUAUGAAAUGACAACUUCACCAAACAUCAAUUCAAUUUAAUAAUACAUUUUUCUAUCAUCUCUCGAAAUGAAACCACUGGAAACUAUGUAGUGCUUAUGCCAAGCCAGUAAGUGGCACUGUAACGCUGCAUAGGACAUGUACGAAAGACAGAAGAAGAGAACAGAGCAUGCGUGUAAAGGUUGACAUCCACACAGAGAUGAGAUGGUAGUCGUUCAUGGAUUUAUGCACUCUUGUACCUGUUUUCAAAAAGUACUGUUUACAGUCACCCUUUAUUCCUGAAUUCGUUUCCUUGUGGACGGGUUGAUACCAUCUUCUGACAUACUUUGGAACGGAGAGUGGUUUGCUCUUCAUCUGAAACUGUGAAGCCAUACCGAUUCCACAUGACUGACUUGCUCUUGCCCUAUUUAGCCACAAAAUUAUCACCUUCCUUUGCAAACGCCAUGUUUGUUUACACUCUUGUGCAUGGGAACUGGGGAGCGCUCCAGCAGGAAGGGGGAGCCUACGGUGGCCUGAAGGCACGAUGCAUGAUAGAGAGGAAAAUCGCUUCAAUGAUUUCAAUUCUUUUUAACAUCGUCAUUAAUUUAUCUGCUUACGGUUUAAAAUCGAUAAAUUGUGCAGCGCUGUCAACUCAUUCACAGUCUUGUUAGUUAUACUGAGAAAAGCAGCUUAUUUGAAGAAACCAGAUCCUAUCUGUUCACAUAUAGGGGUCUUCCAGGUAAAUGCAAUACAAAAAAACACUGAAGUGAUGCAAGAUGCAAGUAAACCGUUUCAAAGUGGUGUUCUGGUAGGAUAUACCAAGUAAAAUGUUCUCAGAUCAACGAAUCCUUGCAGGAGCAUUUGAAUUUGUCUCUGUUUAACUUUGCUGAAUAGGCUUUUAUUUUGCUGGUACCUUGGCUGACCAGCUGUGGUGGACAGCUGACUCCCUAAGCUUUUCAUAUUCCCCAGAGACAAACAAACGGCUUCUUAAGAUGUCUGAACGAGUGAGAAUGUGAAUCUAACGAUAGUGAUACUGAGGCUGGUGGUGUUUGUGUUUCAUCUUCUGGCAGUUUUUAACGUCUCAUUUCAACUGAAGCCGUACAAGCAGCUGCACCAGCUCAGCUUGUUGUGCUGUUUCGACACUGCAUGAGUGUCAGUGGUAGCUUUUCCUGUAAGCUUUAAUCAUAUUGAGUGAAUGUGUGUGAAUUAUCAGGUGUUUUGAUUGAUUUUUGCAAAGUGAGUGACAAACUCAAUGUUGACAUUUUGAACAUUGUAGGAAUGACAAUUAAGAUACAAAUUUAGAUUACAUGUAGAACACAUCUCUUUAUCUCACAGCACUCAUAUAUAUAUAUAUAUAUAUAUAUAUAUAUAUUUAUCCAAGAGCAAAGUGUUCAAUAUAGGGGAUGUGUAAGAAGUGAUUUUUCUGAAGCUUCAAAGCUCCACACAGACGCUUCCCCCGGUAAAAAUUCAAUUAUCUAUCUUGGUAAGUGUUCAUGUAGCGGAUUGUUGAAUUUCCCAUGAUGACAUGAUGAGAUAAUGUUACUUAAAAAACAAAGAAUUUACACCAGUCAGGGCCCAUGUACUCUUAAAGAAGGCACCUGAUAAGUUGUUAAAAUGCACAUUUCAUUUUAGGUCUAGGUAAAGGUGUUUGAGGGAUGCCACGGUUUGAACCUUCUGAAUACUUGACAAUUAAAUCUGAAAGCACUGCAGCGACCCCCCAUCAAUCCAUCUUCUCCCACUUAUCCGGAGUCGGGUCGUUGGAGCAGCAGCCAAAACAAGGAAGCCCAGACCUCCCUCUUCCCGGCCACUUCAUCCAUCUCUUUCCGGGGCACCCCGAGGCGUUCACAGGCCAGCUAAGGGACAUAGUCUUUCCAGCAUGUCAAGUCCUGAACACCUCACCAGCGAGGCGUCCGGGAGGCAUCCUGAUUAGAUGCCUAAGCCACCUCAUCUGACCUCUCUCAACACAGAGGAGCAGCGUCUCUACUCCGAGCCCCUCCCGAAUGACUGAGCCUCUCACCCUAUCUCUAAGGGAGAGCCCAGCCACCCUGAGAAGGAAACUCAUUUCAGCUGUUUGUGCCCAUGAUCUUGUGCUUCUGGUCACCAUCCACAGCUCGUGACCAUAAGUGAAGGUAGGAACGUAGAUCGAAAGGCACAGCUUGGCCAGCUUCGGCCCAGCUCCCUCUUUACCAUGAGAGACCUGUGCCGCAUCCACAUCACUGUGGAUGCUGGACCAAUCCACCUGUUGAUUUCCAGCUCCACUCUUCCCUCACUCCUGAACAAGACCCUGAGAGACUUGAACUUCUCCACUUGGGGCAGGAUCUCAUACCUGACCCAGAGAGGGCACUCCAUCUUUUUCUGGCUGAGAACCACGGGCUACGCUUUGGAGGUUCAUCCCAGGUGAUUCACACUUGGUUGCUAAUCAAUCCAGUGAGAGCUGAAGGUCAAUGGAGCCAACAAGACCAAACCAGACCCCCUCAACGUCCUGGCUGUGCCUAGAAAUUUUGUCCAUGAAAGUUAUAAACAGGAUCAGUGACAAAGUGCAGACUUUCUUUCUUUCUUUCUUUCUUUCUUUCUUUCUUUCUUUCAAAUCCUUUGUUUGGCAGUAUUCCUCAAACAAGGCAUCAGGUCCAGGUUAUGAUCAUGACAUUUAGGAAGGACAUCUUCACUGUUUUCGACUAAAAACAACUUUCUUCCUUCUUCUUGUUGACAUUUUUAAAGUGACUGUGCCAGCAUAGGUGUCAUAGGUGCUAAAUUGGAGGGAAUAUGCCCGUAUCAGUCUGUAUAUACAUACACUGUGUGUUUAUGAAACAUCCUUUUUCUUGAGUUAUUUGACUAUUUGCAGUAGUUUAAGGGCUGUGAGGUUCCCCUGCUGACACUUUGACAGCACUUGAACACAUACAUUGGCCGUCAAUUGAAACCCGUGACCUUUGAUGAUAAAGCACUGGUGUGAUCUCAGCAGGGUGGAUGAGGAGGUCCAUUAUAGGUCAAGCAAUACAUUUAAAAGUGAAUGCAGUAGCUUUUAACCCCGUAGCUGCUGCACAGAAACAAGCCUUUAAUGUCUCUUGAUGUUGUUCAUGUAAAUCAAUUCGCCGACAUGGUUGGGGGUUAAAUUUAAAAAUGAAGAAACCAACACUGGUGGUUGUUUCAUACAGGAAAAGAGGUGUUAUAUCUACAUAUGAGCCCUGCAAUGAAAAACAGCAAUGAAGUCAUUGCCUUGAGACACAUUUCUAAUUUCACAAAAGCUGCAUGACAUUAAUUUGUUUCAUUUCUUUGUUUGUGUGGAAAAGGUUAUUUAAAUUGAAAUAGUUUUCCCCCUGUGAAGGUCAUACUCUUAUAUCCAUUUAUGUUGACAAAGAAAAAUUAAUUCUAAUGUUCUGUCCACAGGCAGGAAAACUGGCUGUUGACAGAGGAUGGGCCAUAAAUGUAGGUGAGUUCUUAGUAUGGAUACCCUGAAACUAUAAUAAACAAACACUGUCGCUGCACUCAGCUGCUUAAAAUCCUGAAUGUCAGAGUGUGUUACCUGGUACUAUCAUAGUCUUAGUAUCUGCACAUGCUCUAAGGUUGUACUGUGAUAGUGAAACAGGCAGUUUGGUCUAUUACCUAGUCCCUGCAGUGUGCAUGUUAAAUUGAAGUAGCAGGAGACCCACUUUGCUGUAGGGACAAAAUGAUGUCAGAUAUCAGCAAAAACUCCAAGAUCCAAGUUUUUGGAUUUUGCUGUAAUCCAUAUUAGCUUGGGAAAUUGCAGAAGAUUGUGUCAGUAAAUCCAACAGUAACAGCUUUUAGAGGGCAACGGCUACACUCAUGCUAUAUGUUAUCGUCCUCCCCCUCAGUUUGAUUCUUAUCCUGAGAAAUAUUCUACAUUUCCUUUUGAAUCGGUGCCUUGACCGGCCCGGCUGAGAGAAUAGGAUGGUGUUUGGCUGAAAAGCCAGGGUCAUCCUUCACUCCUCCAUCCCCUGAUUUAGAGCCAAGCAGGAAACAAGAAAAGCUGCAUCAGACUUUUACUUUGUGCAACGUGCUUACUCAGCUCCUCCACGCUGUGUGUUGAGGAAUCUGAUUGUUCUGCAUCGAUAAACAUGAUUUUAAUAUAGAUAUAAAGGCUAUUCAAAUGCCCUGACAUCUGCGUAUCCCGCGUCUCAACACAAGCAGGACAUUGAGGCUUUAGAGAGGCUGCUUUUGCAAGCCAGGCAAUAAAUGAUAAUCGUAUUUCACCCAUGGUCUUACUGCCCUUUAUUAAUAUUCCACCCUACACCAUAGCUUAAUGAACAUGAGCAUAGCGGGGCAGAGGGGGCUAUAACUCUUAACCUGAAUUAAUGGUUAUCAUCUCUGUAAAAUUAAAAUAAAGUCUCUUUACAGUUUUUUCCCUCUGUCUGCAUUCAUAGCUGCUCUCUCCAGGCGUUUAAGGAGCCAUUGAACGGGCCAUUGUGAUGUCAGUACACCCAUUGUUGUACCACAGGGGAACAGCAGACAUUUUUAUAAGCUGCAAUAAACUCAAUAACAGCCGAUUUUAAAUCCCCAAUUAUGGUCGUUUAGAAUAAUAGACUCCUCAGAUGUGCUGUGUGAUGUGACCCGCUCUGCCUGUCUAAUGGUCCGAACAUUGAGCCAGUGGAUUUUCUGUUUCCCAGGAGGAGGCUUCCACCACUGCUCCGGCGACAGGGGAGGGGGCUUCUGUGCCUACGCUGACAUCACUCUAGCCAUCAAGGUGAGGCUGAUGUCAUAUACGGUGUAGAAACACUCACUUAGUUACCCAGGUCAGCUGGAAACAUAACUGUAAUGGCUGGAAAGCACUCAGUAACAUCAUUAGAUUAAAACAGGACGACUCCAAGGUGAAAGAGAAAUCAUAAGGUCUGUGCAGGAGUAUCGUGAGCCAACAAACAAUUUAUUAAUCAAACUUCAUACUCUUAAAUUCUUUGAUCUAGUUAAUCUCCAAACCUUAUUGAUUUUGUACAAAGCACAUAACGAUCUGCUGCCAUACAGUCUCCAGAAGCUGUUUGUAAUCAAAGAUACGAAAUAUGAACUUAGAAGCACAGGUAUGUUUACAAAAACACUAGUUAGGACUAAUACAAAACAACAUUAUGUAUCUGUAAAAGGUGUAAGUCUGUGGACAUGCUGCGAUAAGGAAUUGAGGAAGUGCAGUUCAAUCUACAUAUUUAAAAAAGCGUUCAAAAACAUGAUGUUUAUAAAGUACAAGGAAGUUGAAGAAUCACUUUAGACCGACCUGAAAAACUUUAGAGGGUGUCUGUUUCCCCUGAUGGGUUUUGAAAAGUAUUUUGUUCUUGUUCAUUAUGUAUUUCUUUAUUUCAAAAUUUUUCACUGUAUAGAAGAAAAAAAAAUGUGUAUAAAAAUGUCAUGAAAACUCUGUGGAAGGGGUAGGCGCAAUAAGCUGAUAGCUUCAGCCUACACCCUUUUUGGUCAAACCAAGUAAUUAACAGUAUUUAUUAUUUCUAACUCCCAUGUAUUAUGUAUGUAAUAUAACUGUUUACAUGAACGGAUGACCAAAAUAAACUAAACUAUAAAACUAUGAAACUAUAUGAACAUGUAGACAAGAAAAACACGAUUUUCAUCAGAGUAGGUCUUUAAGGAUAACGGCUGGUCUAGAGGGAGAGUAAAUACUCAAGCACUAUUUUUUUUUUUUCAGUUUCUCUUUGAGAGAGUGGAAGGCAUCUCCAAGGCUACCAUCAUCGAUCUGGAUGCUCAUCAGGUGAGCCGGCACCAUUACAUCUGUCCCCCAUCAAUGGACAUGAGUGCUAAGAGGCUGACAUUGAUGAUACGAUAGCCCCUUUUACCACCACACCAAUCAAUGAGGCUCUCUCGUGAUAAAUAGAUCUCACUGUCAUAUUCUGGGGAAUGUUUCUAAAAUCAGCUCCACUGCCAAAGAGCUGAGAGCGUACCAGCUUUGUUUGGUUGUGCUGUUAUAAGAGCCUCGAGGCUCAUCUAAAUAUAAAUUCACCACAUGUAUUUCCAUAAACUGAACAGCCAGGAGAUUAUUCAUUUGUUUCCAUCAGUGUGUUGACCAGUGUGACUGUUUCUCAGUGGCUUUAAUUACUGUGAGGAUGCUGGAAGAGAGCUUUUUCAGUGUGAUUUAAAGACUCUUUGUUAAAAUUGACGCCGCAGGUGUUCACGGUCUGGGAAGCCAAGUUAUUUGGAGCUCCCCUUACUGGCUGGCAGCAAGCAGUCAACGCUGAUAGAACAUGGAUCCCACAUGAUUUUAUUUUAAAAAUAGCUUUCGACUAUCAUAGUUUUCAUGUUGUUCUAGUGUAAAUUGUUCUAAGCAGUUUAGGUUUAAUAAGUUUUUUGAUGUUGAAGAGUUGAUUGAUUGACGACUCUAAAGAUGAACGCCGCGGACUUUUGCUGUAUUUGUCGCUAUCAGUCUGUUCCGGAAACCCGAUUUGUACUGCACAUGUGUAAAACGUAUGUCACUUCUUCUCCUUGUAUUUCAAUGCAUUUUACAGCAUAUGUCGUUAGUAGUGCUACCUACCCGAUCUGUACUGCGCAAGUGCAAAUUUACGUCACCCUAAAAACUUGAUUUAAACUACCGAUCGUUUUCAAAAACCAGCUGGCAAUGUGACAGGCUAGCUGGCAGGAGGCUCCAGGGCUAAUGCUGAGGUAUUCGCCAAAGCUCCUGCCAAGCGUAGUGAGACCUUUUGAGCCAUAAAGUGUGCCACAACCUGAUAGCUCAGGGGGUAGAGCAGCCGUCCAAUAACUGGAAGGUUGGCGGUUCGAUUCCCCCCCAUACCAAGUCUGUCCGUUGUGUCCUUGGGCAAGACACUUAACCCACCUUGCUCCCAGUGUGUGUCCUCCACUGGUGUAUGAUUGUGAGUGUUGUGUGGUGGUGGUCGGAGAGGCCGUAGGCGCAAAAUGGCAGCCACGUUUCCGUCAGUCUGCCCCAGGGCAGCUGUGACUACUAAGUUAGUUUACCACCACCAAAGUGUGACUGUGUGAGUGAAUAAAUGAUGUAUCCAAUGUAAAGCUCUUUGAGGGUCUCUGAUGAAGCGCUAUAUGAAAUCUGGUGCAUUAUUAUCAAAAUCAUGGUUUUCUGACUUUUCAAAGUAUCAAGGGAAGAUGCUCUUGUGGUGAGUGGCCACCCAUGGCGCACCAUCCCCGGGCAAGGGAAAUUAAAACCAUGAUUGCGAUGAAUGUAAACCAUGGUCCAAAGGUCCCAUAGGUUGUAUCUGAGGCUCCCACCUUUUAAUCUGGGUUGAUUUUGGCACCCCUUUAGACAUGUCAGUACCUGUCUGCUCCUUUUAACCUGUACACAUUGAAACAGAGUCACUCAGUUAUUUAUUUAUUUGAACAGAGAAACUCAUCCAGCCAUUAUGCUAACACACUAAAUUGUUAUUCGUGAAGACUCUUGGCUGCCAAAUGUCAGUGAAAAGCUGUUUGUCUUUCUGGUCUCGGGCAUGAAUAAUCCUGUGAAACCUAAUUCUUUGCUAAAUUCUGUCUUUAAAUCCAUCUCACUAUGUUUAUGAUUAAUUGCCAAUAUGCCAAGAAAAACUCCCUCUCUGAGAAAAUCUAGUCGGCAGUACAAGAACCUAGAUUCUGAUUGAUCAGCGAAAUGUUAGUGGACUGAGCUCACCACGGCUGUAUCGAAGAGUGACUCAACACUUUUGAAGGUCUGAUUAUCAUAUUUUGUUCUUACUCUGUGUUUUUAACAUCAUGACUGGUAUCCUCCUCCAAUUAGCCCUGAGAACGGUUUUAAAAUUGAUGAUGUCUCAAGGUUCCUGAGGCCAGUGGCUUUAUUCCAGGGAUGGAGCUUUUUAUAUUUUUGAGCUCCUGCUCAAUGGUAAUGAUGCGCUUUUACCUGUUGACACAAACCAGGGAUCAAUACAGCUGCUGAGUAAAUAAUUCAUGAAGAAGUACAGAAGAGCAAAUCUGCAUGAAUGCAUGGAGAUGAGUCUCAAGAGCCCCACUCAGCAGAUAAUUGGGCUGAGGGAAAUACUGGCGAUAAGCAGUAAAGUCCUAAUUACAGCCCUGAAACAUGACACUUCAAGUGCUCUUGUUUUUACAUUAAUUGAGACUACAGCCAAGACAGCACCUCAUUGAUGAUCAGGCAGGUUCAGUGUAGAGGUAGCUGCUGUGGAGGUACAUUUCUACCUGUCAUACAAAGAGUUUGAACUCUGUGUGUCUGCAGUGAUACCCUGAAGAUAAUAAUGUCGUAUCUCUUGUCAAUAGGAGUUUGUGUCAAAGCAGAUGUGUACAUCAUUAGGGCUGCAUACUCACCGAUAUCUGAGGUUUGGAUCAUUAACAAAUUGCAGUGUGGGAUUUAAGUAAACCCAAAAGUAAUUAACUUCAGAAACAAAGACACAGUAAAUGAGAUAAAUCCUUUAAAUGGUUGUGAAUAAUUUUAAGUUUUGUCUAAGGAAAGAGAAUCAAGUCAACAGCAACUUUUGUUUUGAUUUCUGUUCACUUGCUCCAGACUGAAGUGAACUUUUCCCCCUCACAUCACCCGACUCUCAGGAGAAUUUGUGAGUAAAUCGCAAAAAAGCAUCCUCAUUGAUCCUCCGUUGACGUGAUGUGCUGCCUACAUGUCAAGAAAAGUGUGGUCAUUUGGAGGUUUUUAAGAGGCAUCAGUGUUUCUGAUGUGUUUGUGCGAAAGCUGAACAUAUUAUUUCACAAACUUUUCUGUCAGGCCACCAAUGUCUUUAUGAAUCAUCUCUUUGUUCCCCAGCCGCUAAUAAUCAGUCCCUCCGCGUUGGUCCAUAUAUCCAUGACUAUUUCUUGAAUAUGUUCAUUUAUGUUCAGCCUUUGUUUGCUGCUUUUUUGUGAAAAAUAAAGUGGCACUUUUCAUACUGCAUAUCUCUUUCCCUUUUGAUUGUUCUUUAAUGGAUAGAAAAAAAAGAUGUAUUAGAUAUUGAAUACAGAUAUUUGAACUCUGUAAAGGAGAUAAAAGGAAGAAUGUUUGAAAGCAGGACAACAGGCUUUUGGCUGACACUAACAAAUGGCAGUGAAACAACAAUCUUUUAUUGUAACAUAUGCUGGGGAGAGGAUAAGACUAAUAAGACUGCAGGCAGCUUAUGAGCUGAUUUAUAGUCUCAGACUGCCUUUCCGAAGCACACCGGAGCAGAGAAAUCACUCACAUGUUCGUUCAGUCAUUUUCUGAUGGAAACUUGUAUCUACCUGAUAGUUACUGUUUUAUCCAUACAGUACAAAUGAAAAACAAUACAAAGCUUAGGGUGGUCUAAAGUAUCUAUAAUGAAGCACCAGCUGUAAUCCAAGCUAUGAUGGGGUGCUGUAUCAAUACUUAAUGUAGCACACUAUGAUUAUGACAGCACCGCUCUCUGCCAAGAGACUAGCUAACCAACCCCGACCAUUGGCUCUUUGGUCUUAAGGCUAAAACAUACAGGAUCCGUAUUGGAGCUGGGAAUGACGUUACACCCGAGUUGAUUUCAGUUAACAAGUUGGAAAACCAAGAUGGACGCCAACUGUUAGCCAUUGUAAGCUGUCGUUAGCCGUUGUUAGCUGUUGUUAGCCGCUUUUAGUUGUAGCUAUCCCAGUUGUAAACAACUUAUAACACAGUAUUUUACUCUCACAAACACAAUAGCACCGUGUUCACAGUUAGACGUUGUAAAACAUAUACAACAUAUACCACAUAUUUAAUUUCACAACAACAAAACAGAAGUGCUCAUAAAUAAUGCAUUAUGAGAGCUUUCACUGUUACUCACCAUUGUUGAUGCACUGCGAUGCCAUCUUGGAUUAUGACGUUGUCGUCAAGCCGGGGUUGGUGAGGAUCGUCCGACUUUCUGAGAUGAAAAUCUGAUCUCCGGGGUCGUUCCAGUUGAAAGUUCCAGCUCGGAGCUCAGAAAUCCCGACUUCAGAGUACAACUGGAAGCCACCAUGAAUCCUAACACAAACAGACACAAUACUGGUUGAAAUAAUACUAUAUUAUAUAUAAUAAUAAUAAAAUACUGGUUAAAUGAAGGCACCAACUGCAAAUGCCUUAGUUGUCUUCCAGCACAAAGAUGUUGCAGUAUGUGUUUGUGGGGAUUUGGACGAAAUCGACCAAGUUACCCUACUCAUUGAUAGUGAGAAGAGCUGCAAAAGUGAUAAACGAACAAACGCCUGCAGAUAAGCUUUUUGGCCCACCUUCACCAGCAGGGCAGACUAAUAGAUGAGAGGGAGUGGGUUCAUCCAUCUGACUGUCCCACUCUGUGCUACACAGAACGACAACAGCAACAGCAAGAGGGGUGCCAAACAAGAGUCUAUGGGCUGAAAUCUGGUCCGUUCUGGAUCAGCAUUAAAAAAAGAGUGAUUCAGUGAGAAGUAAAGCAGUUCAGUCAGUAUUAGUGUAACUUAAACGAAGUAAAACUUUUUACUACAUGAAAAACUCCUGAACUUUAUUGAAUCCCUACAGACCUCUGAAGGCAGCAGGACACAUGAUGUGCUAUAUCUGCCAAUGUGUGUCAAAGAUCAGUGUUAUUAUUACCCACAAAUGUUCACUGUGUUUACCUUCAGUACAUCAUGAGUGAGUGACAGCAGGCUUCUACAGAGUGACCACACACUCUCUGCACACAUGGCAACAGUGGGCUGAUAGUGUGCCGUAUGAGCUUCAACACUUUUGAUCUUCUUUACAAGCUUCUUGAAGAAGAAACUCUGUUCAUGUCCCACUGCUGAACUGCAUUUAAAAACAAAAGCUAAAGUAAGGAUGUAAGUAAUAAAUGGAAUUAUAAAUAAUGUACCAAGAUGCUCUUUGUCCACAAUUUUCUCUCCUGCUUCAUUCAGAUAUUGAUCAAAUAUCCUGAAACAGUGUAUUUCUCUUAGUUCGGAUGUUGUCAUCCAGUGUCUUUGGGAUUGACCCAAACACUGGCCCAACAUCAAUCAAUCAAUCAAUCACUCUUAUUUAUAUAGCCCUUUUCAUACACAACCAUGUAGCACAAAGUGCUUUACACAGCAGAGGAAUAAGAGAAACAAAGAAUACCCAGAUCUAACCCAACCCAACCUUCACACUCCCAACCCACGAUCUAAGCACAACAGAAAUAUGGAAAAGGGCUCGAUUUCAUAAAAACAGGAAUGUGCUCACCGAGGAAAUGCCAUUUUAAAAUUCAAUAUAACAAAAAGCCACUCUAUAGCCAGAAAUAAUAAUACAUUAAUAAUCAUUACUUCAAGGAAAUGUUCUUCCUUGAGCUGCGAAACUCCGCUGCACUCGGUGAUCAACUCGUCAGGGCUCCCCUACAAACAAGCGGCUGCUGGAGGAGAGUGGGUGAGUUGUGUUUAGUCUCUUUGCCAAAGAAAUCAGGCAAAGCUAAAAAGAUGUUUGGUGGCAAGUGCUAUGGCUGGGACCCUAUAUGUACUGUUGAUGAAGUUAGGUGCUGUUCUGAGCAUUAUUUGUGGCUUUUUGGUUGAGGUUAGCACGUGGAGACAUAGACCGCUGUGUAUUGGUAUCGUGCGCUUGUUACUAAAGUUAGUAUAACUAGAGAAGCAAGCAGUCGGCAACAUCCAUCACUCGAGGGGAUGUCUAACUCGGUGUUAUGGUGUAUUUGACCAUAAAUUAAAUUUACGCCUGAAUAUCCCUUUAACUCCACUUAGCUCUGAAUGAAAAAACAAAAACAAUGUUAAUAGAUGAGAAAUUUAGCACCCUAGUGUCUUUGAGUUUAGCUUGAAAUGAAAGCCAGGUGGUCACAGCCAACGUCUGCAUACUUCCAGCUUUGGAUUUUCCUCUGCCGUUUUCCAGUUUUAAGGAUGAGCGUUGACUCUCACCUUCGUAUACUUGCUUCACAGACACCUCAUGAUCACAUCACUGCUACAAAUCUUCCUCCCCAACUAUCAGUAAAAAAGAAAAUAUAAAAGUAUGUCAUGGCCUUAUGUAAAUUGAUCCAUUUCUAAGGAAAACUGGUCUUUUUUAAUUAAUCAUUGGCUCCACAGUCUGUGAUGUACAGCUGACACCAAACUGUUAUACUUGUCCGAAUUUCAUCCUUCUCAUCAAGUUCAUACCAAACUUGGCUGAGAGCCUAAUCCCCUCCUGACAGCAGCCAGACACUUUGGGUGACAAAUGUAAGACAGGAAAUGAAAAACGAUGGAGUAACAAUGGAUUCCUAGAGGUUUGUAUUAUUUUUUCAAAACAUUUAAUACAUAAAAGCGACAAGCCUAUUUAUCUCUGGUCUGCUGCUGUCAGUCAUUUCACUGGAGUCUCAGGUAAACAGGCAGGUCUGAGUGACACUUGUGGGCCUUGGUACUGUUGUGUAAUGUAGCAGACUGUCAAACUGCUGUGAGUUACUGACUGUUUUCUAUUACACAAGAAUAAGGGAUCAUCAGCGGAGAAAAGGUCAAUCUUUGAUUCAGUUCGUCAUAGCUGGAUUACCUUUGAAGAAGCAGAGAAGGCGUCAAAGUACUUUCUAGUCUUUUUUAACUCAUCUGCUUUUUUGUAGGGAAAUGGACACGAGCGAGAUUUCUUGGGCGACAAGAGAGUGUUCAUCAUGGAUAUGUACAAUCGGUAUAUUUAUCCUGGGGAUACAUAUGCCAAAAGUGAGUGAAAGAAGCUUACUUUUGAUUGAAAUACUUGUGCAAAUUUUUUAUUUCUUACAUAUGGAAGCAUAUUGCAUUCAUUUACCAAAAAGAAAAAUAAGGAAACUGUUUCCAAAUCAGCGGAAUCUCCAGCUCCUAGAUAACUUUGACCACGGGGUCAAUGAGAGUAAAGCAUGUUAUUACUGAAACAUAGGGUUUGCAAAUCUUGAGGUGCCUUUGCAGAGUAGAAAAACUUGAAGAAAGUCAAACUUGGUUAAACUAAACAAGUGGGCCAUGUUUGCUUCCAAUAAUCAAGCAAAGGGGGAUGAAAGCAUCAGCUUUUAAAUGAUGAUGUUUCCAGGGAAUAGGAAAAAAAAUUAGUCUGACAAAAAAAAAAGAAAAAUUCCGAAAAGUAGAAAAAAAUGUGUCCAAAGAACAGAACAAAACAGAACAAAAUCGUCUGAAAAACAGAGUUUUAUUUAUUUUUAUUUUUUACUUUUUUGGUGAAUGUUCUACGCUUCUGUUCUUACAUACUUUAGCUAAACGUUAAAGUUAUAUUGUUUGGAUAUUUUUUACACGUGACACUCUGCUGCAUGAACGCUGUUCCUCAUGCCUGGGUGGGUGUUAAGGCUUGUUGGUCAUCUCUCUGGGCUGUUUUAGUUCUGCUGUAAUUGUGUUUCUCUCUGCACCAGAGCUCACUAUUAGCUCACAGCAGGAUAUCUGUCAUGCAGCGAUCUAUGCUAGACAAUAAUCAAGGCUUUUACACAAAUGAAUGUGCCAAUACAUUAAAGCGGAUCUGACAGAGACCACAUAUUGCUUUUAAACUCUGGCUUGAACAUUUACUCUGAAGCCAACACAUUACAGCACAGCCUGCAAAAUAUCUUUUUCUCUGCCAUUAAUGCAAUAAAAAAACAUUAAGUCAUAAACCUGGAACAUGAAGUAAAUGUACAUCCUGGCUUGUAUUCAAUAAAAACCGCACAGUCCUGUUCUACCAUUUUUUUUUCUCCAAGACAUCUGUAUUUGCUGGUAUCUUCAAAGAACAAAUCGCUCAAUUUUUCAACUUCUGUCGAAAGUUUUCUUCAAAAAGUACAACUAGACAUGAAAACAACCAUUAACUGGCUCACAUCCUACUGCAGUGUUCUCUCUUUUGCCUUUGUAGCUUCUUUCUGUUUGAAUUGUGAAACACGGUGGUCUCUUAAUUAACCUUUUUCAUCAUUUGCAUUGAUUCUUAGAAAUGUACAUAUUAAUUAGCCAUAGCACUGCUGCCAAUUUUCAUACGAUUCUAUAGAUAGAGUAGCACCUGAAUAUUUCAUUACAGUUCAGUUAAACUAAUUCAUUUUGUCUGCCAAUGCUGAAACACUGCAGUAAUGACUUCUCUGUGCUUAAAAAGCUGGGGUUAGCAACAGUGUUUCUUACGUACGGUUUACUGAUGGCAGCUCUGCUCUGUUGCUUUAUGUGGAUAUCCAUAAUGCAUCACUGCGUCUUUUUGAUCUACAGAAGCCAUUAAGAGAAGGGUGGAGCUGGACUGGGGCACGGAGGACUCUGAGUACCUUCAGAAAGUUGAGCUCCACUCUGAAGGAGCCCUGAAUGAGGUCCGACCUGACAUCAUUGUCUACAAUGCAGGGACUGACAUCCUGGAUGGGGACCCUCUUGGAGGACUCUCAAUAUCUCCACAGGUACUGAGUCAGCCUCAUCAGACUUUUUAAGAUGUGCCCCAGAAGCUUCCAGCAGGAGUAGUUUUAUCUGGUUUCUUUAAAGUUGACCAAAAAUGGAUAGCUCAAAGAAAAUGUGUGUGCGUUUGGUGUUACAACGUUACAUAGACUCAAUGGCAGCUUGUUUGGUACACCUGUACACUCUCAUGGAAGGAGGAAAGAGGCGCAGGAGGAGAUAGGUGUUUGUUUCUAUGCGUGUCUGGAAAGCUAAGGGAUAUAAAGAGCUGUAGAGAGAGGCUGUAGCAAUCACAAGUAUGCAAGAGUACCGGUAAGCUUUCCACUGCUGGGCCAAAAAGUGAGAGACGUUGUUCCAGACUGUAAUAAAGUGAAACUAAUAGUCUUGACAUUAAAACCUGUUUUAUAAAAGACUGAAUGAUUAGUUCAAUCUGCAGCCUGUGAUAAAAUGUCAGCAGUAAAUGAGCUAAAGUCCUGAAGAUGAUUUUUUCAAACAGUUAAGAAAUAUUUAUUAGCUAAAUUUGGCAUUUCAUUAAAUGAGUAUUGUUACCAAAAUGAAGCCAAAGCUCUUUAAGUGAAGAACUGAUGCAUGGUCCCUUCAAAAGUAGUACAUACAACUUUUUAAAGUGUUUUUAUCAUCCAGGUAGACACACCUGCUGUACUAAACAAAACAGGUAGGCCCCUGAUUUCAAAGAAUUAAGAGUUUUUACCAUGGCACUACACUGAAAUUACCAUGGCAGUACACUGCAAUUACCAUGGCACUACACUGCAAUUACCACGGCACUACACUGCAAUUACCAUGGCACUACACUCCAAUUACCUUAGUACUACACUGCAAUUACUAUGAUACUACACUGCAAUUACCAUUGUACUACACUGCAAUUACCAUGGUACUACACUGCAGUUACCAUGGUACUACACUGCAAUUACCAUGGUACUACACUGUAAUUACCAUGGUACUACACUGCAAUUACCUCAGUACUACACUGCAAUUACCAUGGUACUACACUGCAAUUACCUUAGUACUACACUGCAAUUACCAUGGUACUACACUGCAAUUGCCAUGGUACUACACUGCAAUUACCAUGGCACUACACUGCAAUUACCUUAGUACUACACUGCAAUUACAAUGGUACUACACUGCAAUUAUCAUUGUACCACACUGCAAUUACCAUGGCACUACACUGCAAUUACCAUGGUACUACACUGCAAUUACCAUGGCACUACACUCCAAUUACCUUAGUACUACACUGCAAUUACUAUGGUACUACACUGCAAUUACCAUUGUACUACACUGCAAUUACCAUGGUACUACACUGCAGUUACCAUGGCACUACACUGCAAUUACCUUAGUACUACACUGCAAUUACCAUUGUACCACACUGUAAUUACCAUGGUACUACACUGCAAUUACCUCAGUACUACACUGCAAUUACCAUGGUACUACACUGCAAUUGCCAUGGUACUACACUGCAAUUACCAUGGCACUACACUGCAAUUACCAUGGUACUACACUGCAAUUACCAUAGUAGUACACUGCAAUUACCAUGGUACUACACUGCAAUUACCAUGGUACUACUCUGCAAUUAUCAUGGUAUUACCAUGCAACUACCCCAGUACUACCCUGCAGUUACCCCUGUACUACCCCAGUACUACCGGGCCGUAUUAUAAAGUGUGACCCCAUGAAAGUGUCUGAUCUACUGGUCUGGACAGAGUGGAUUUCCUCCUCUGGAAGGACACAAUCUACUACUUAUAUGGUGUGUGUGUGUGUGUGCGUGCGUGCGUGCGUGCGUGCGUGCGUGCGUGCGUGCGUGCGUGCGUGUGUGUUACUGAAUUACUCGUGUUAAGAGGAAAAAUUUAGAUUCUGCUUACAUAUUGCUGGAAAGUUGGUUAAAGGUCAAGUUUGUGUGUGCAGAGUAUUUUGUACAAGGUUGAACUUUAACUUUUAACAGCAGAGUGAAAUAAGUUAAAAAAAAGAAAAAAGAAGCAGGAAAUGAUCAAUCAAUAAUCAAUUAAAUUACUACCUUAUGAUACAAACAGCAAUCUAGGUGACAUUUUUUUCUCAUGUUGUUAAGGGUGAUAAAUUUCGAGACAGGUCAUUAUAUCUGGUAACACCUGAUAACUUUCAUAGGUGAAGGAUGACUAGUCUUAAAAGCUCAUAUCUGUCCGCAGAGAAACGCAGCACUGUCAGUCUUAUCUUGGUUUGUGUAAGCACUACAAGAAGCUAAUUUAUCAGAAGUUUUGGAAGCACACAGAGCUGAUUUGUUUUAGCCAAAUUUGGAUUUAUUCCUUCCCGUGUGCAGAGAUUUCCUCCCAGUGAUCCAGAAAGUAAUUGGAGCAAAUAAGGGGAAUCUGAAGAGGGGUAGAAGAGACAGUGCCCUGAUUUCUUCCUGAGACAGUUUCAGUUUGGGGCUUUUUAAGUGGUUUGGAAUUGGAUAAAAGACAAAAUGCUUGGUCGGUCCAGCUUUAAUGAUUGUUGUUUAGAGUUCUGGUUGAACAUGUGUUGCUGUCAUGGCUAAUAAAGAUUAAAACCCCUCCUUGCUCCGUAAUAAAUGAGUUUUUACACAAGCUGUUUCCACUUAGCAAACAGGAAUGAGACACCCUGAGAAGCUCAGGGCUGCACAGAGGAGUGGUGAAAUAUGGUCAUGUCUGCAGACCUUCAUUCAUUCACUCAAAGAUAGAGAUGUUGGCCCUCAGCAUGUCAACAUUCAGAGGAAUAACCACUGUCAGUUUGGAUUAAGUGACUUUUUUUCCCCCCUCAGGGCAUUGUGAAGAGAGAUGAGAUUGUGUUCAGGGCUGCCCGGCGGCGAGACAUCCCCAUACUCAUGGUCACAUCAGGGGGAUACCAGAAGAAAACGGCCCGCAUCAUCGCCGACUCCAUCCUGAACCUUCACCAGCAGGGCCUGAUAGGAGCAGAGGCUCUGGAUGCAGAGGGGUCGUCUUCACUGAUGACCAGCAUGAUGAGCACCUCUGGAUCUGUGGGGUCAAAGUUUACAACUGUAUGA